AUGUAUAAUAAAAAUACAGUGUAUGUUUUGCAGGUCCAAGAAAACUCCCCAGCUCAACAAGGAGGACUGGAACCUUUCUUUGAUUUCAUCAUUGCAAUAGGACACACGAGGCUUAAUAAAGAAAACAACAUGUUGAAAGAUCUGCUAAAGGCAAAUGCUGAAAAAGCAGUGAAGCUGGAGGUGUACAACAUCAAAACAAUGAAAAUAAGAGAGGUGGAGGUGAUCCCCAGUAACAUGUGGGGAGGACAAGGUCUUCUUGGAGCCAGCGUGAGGUUCUGCAGCUUCCAAGGAGCUAAUGAACACGUGUGGCACGUUUUGGAUGUUGAACCUGCAUCUCCUGCAGCUCUAGCUGGUCUCCAGCCAUACACUGACUAUGUUGUUGGAUCUGAUCAGAUUCUUCAGGAGUCAGAGGAUUUCUUUUCACUGAUUGAAUCCCACGAGGGGAAGCCACUGAAGCUGAUGGUUUAUAACACUGAAGCAGAUUCCAUUCGAGAGGUAGUUGUGACUCCCAAUGGAGCUUGGGGUGGAGAAGGAAGUUUAGGAUGUGGUAUUGGAUAUGGCUAUUUGCACAGAAUUCCAACACAGUCAGUACCAUCAAAGAAAAAUCCAGAAAGCAAACCACCCUCACCAUUACCAGAAGCUGGAACUCCUGUACCAUCUACUAAUGGUUACACAGAGACUCCCUUAUUGGCACCUGCUUCUCAGAGUGACAACUCUGAAAUGGUUAUGAACUUGGAUCGCUCCACAGACCAAGAAAUGAGUGGUUAUUCACCAGAAAGCUCACUUUCUCCUCCUCCUCCUCUCCAGAGAGUUAUGGAUCCAGGAUUUCUAGAUAUGUCUGGUACUACAUUUCCUGAACUCAUUGACCUAACAAAAGGGUCCAACGUGUCUUCAUCUGCCUCCUCCAACACCCCAGCAGCAGAUGGGUUAGCAGGCACUGAACAGUUCACGUUGAACACUGACACUUCUGCUUAUUUUGACAAUUCCACAGCUUUGGCCCCUGAAGAUGUAACUGUGCCUUCUGAAGGCCCAGUCAAGCAGCCCGAGCUGGAUGAUCCACUGCCUUCCAUUCCACCUUUACCGUCUUUUGCUCUCCCUAAUGAAAUUUCUCCAGAAACACCACCAGGAACUGAUGGAGAUAACCAAGAAACAAAGUUGAUCUUAAACAGUGAGAGCUCGUUAACCACUAGUCCUGUGAAACCAGAUGAUGAAGCAGCAUGUGAACAGAAAGAAGAAGAGGCUGCACAAGAUCCUGAGUGA